UGAAAUUUUGGGUGCUGUAACUUGGAAGUGGGGCGAGGACGGGGUUGGGUUGUGCAUGCAAGUUGCAACAACGACGGUCGUAGUUUCAGUUUCGGGCAGUGGAGCAGCAAAUAGCAAUGCAAGGAGGAUCAUCGGGGAUCGGGUAUGGUCUGAAAUACCAGGCUAGAUGUAUAUCAGAUGUUAAAGCCGACACAGAUCAUACUAGCUUCAUCACCGGCACUCUCAGCCUCAAAGAAGAAAACGAGGUGCAUUUGAUUCGGCUUUCUUCCGAUGGAACCGAACUCGUGUGCGAGGGUUUGUUUUCUCACCCCAACGAGAUCUGGGACCUUGCUUCCUGUCCCUUCGACCAACGCAUCUUCUCUACUGUUUACUCUACUGGCGAGUCAUACGGAGCAGCAAUAUGGCAGAUCCCCGAGUUAUACGGUGAAUUGAAUUCCCCUCAGUUGGAAAGAAUUACCUCCCUCGACUCACAAUUUGGCAAGAUCAAGUGCAUUCUUUGGUGGCCAUCGGGAAGGCAUGAUAAGUUGAUCAGCAUUGAUGAAGAAAAUUUGUCCUUGUGGAGCUUAGAUUUAUCCAAAAAAGCGGCUCAGGUACAAUCACAGGAGUCAGCUGGUGUGAUGCACUACUUGUCUGGUGGUGCAUGGGAUCCACAUGAUAUCAAUGCUGUUGCAGCAACAUGUGAAUCAUCCAUUCAUUUUUGGGAUCUACGAACAAUGAAGAAGACAAAUUCUAUUGAGCAUGCUCACGUUCGCAAUGUUGAUUAUAACCCCAACAAGAAACACGUGCUUAUAACUGCAGAAGAUGAAUCUGGUAUACAUGUAUGGGAUCUUAGGAAGCCAAAAGUGCCUAUCCAGGAGCUUCCAGGACACACACACUGGACAUGGGCUGCCCGGUAUAACCCUGAGUACGAUGGGCUGAUUUUGAGUUCCGGUACAGACUCAGCUGUCAACCUGUGGUUUGCUUCUCCAUAUAACAAUGAUGAGUCUGAACGCCUGGUUGACUCGCCUACUAGGCGGAUUGAUCCAUUGCUCAACUCUUACAGUGACUAUGAAGAUAGUAUUUAUGGUCUUGCAUGGAGCUCUCGUGAGCCUUGGAUCUUUGCAUCAUUAUCCUAUGAUGGGAGGGAUGUGAAGGAUAUGUACAACACUGGAAUUUCAAAACUUACAUUUGUGCUGCUCAACCAAUCUUUGUACAUCAGCUCUCUCAUUGCUUGACGAUUCAUGCAAUGUGAGAGACGCAAACACAAGAAUACGUAAUAAAAUCGAAGACUCUUGAAGGUGGAUUUUUGUUUUGGUUUAUGAGGUGGUAGUUGUUGACAAAGAUGGAUUUGUUGCCUCCUCAACUUUCGUGAUCAAGUGACGAGGUUAACCUUAUCCAAUCCAGAUUCCAGACACGCCAAAAGAAAUGUGCUUGGUUUCCUCGUCCUGCAACAGCACAGGAGACAUCCAAGUGGUCCCACAUGUUCUAUCAGCCAGACACAUGGCCAUCAUUACACCAUGACUCUCUCUCUCGUGCCACCUCCUACUUUACACGUAAGAUACCUUAUCCUCAUUUCUGUCAAAUGCAAGAUCGUUUAUCCACAAGCAUUUCUACAUGAGAAGCUGGUGGUCAACAGGUGCUCCGGCCAUGUCAUCAUGCUGCCAAGUACUGACACGUGGUGGAGCCAAUUGGUUAGACGCGUGUCAAGCAACCUGAUAAGGGUUUGUGGAAUUCAGAAUCUGAAGCCCUCUGCCUAUUGGAAGGGGUAGUUGUCUUAUUUUCUACCUAUAUUUUAACAAAAAUAUUAGUGAAAAUCUUUUUUAGAAAAAGACUUUUAGACCCCUACCCCAUUUCUCUCCCCCACCGUCUCUCUCUUCUAGUCCCAUUUCUCUUGCCUCGUGCCUCUCUGUCUUCUAUUUCUUCUCUCUCGGCUUCUCCACCGACCGCCACGGCUGGAAGCUGCGGUUGGUCUACAAGCUCAUGCCCAAUAGAAGCCUCCAAGAAGCAUUGCUGGAUUGGAAGAAAAUGUUCAGUGUUGUGCUUGAUGUGGCUCUUGGGCUCGAGUAUUUGCACCAUGUUUGUGACUCACCGGUGAUUCACGGUGAUGUGAAGCCUAGCAGUGUGUUGCUGGACUCGGAUUCCCAAUGCCAAGAUUGGAGAUUUUGGAUUGGCGAGGUUGAAAACAGAGGUGGAUGAUCAGGGUGAGCACGGUGGGAGUUUUGGUGGAGGAAGGGCAAGAGGAGGAGGAGGAGGAGAAAGAGAGCGGGGGAAGGAAAAGCGAGAUGGGGAUGAUAAUGGAUCGAUUUUGGAGGAGAGUGUGAGUUUGAAUGUUGUGACUGGCGGGCUUGAAGAGGGUCGGUCGCCCGAGUGUUGUGUGGUGAGGAUUGGGGAUUCCGUACGACGUGGCCGGAACGGGGUUUUAUUAAGCGAGUAUAAUAGUAGACGGCGAAAAUAUAAUGUGGAUAGAAAAUAGUUCAAUGAUGUGAGCACUGUUAUUUUUUUGGGGUUUGAAAGUGGAUAAAGUAUUCGGCAUUCAUCUGUUUGAAUUUAGCGCAAAUUCAAAUCAAUAGAGUUUUGUUUUUUGAAA